UUGGGUGGGUCGGGUCAAAGAGGCGAGGGAGCAAUUCUUGUUAAUCGGGCCCCAAACAUUUAACAAUAAGGAAUGUGGAUUCAAGAUUUUGACAGCGGCUGAGUCCUAGCGACCGUCACCGGCGAAACGACGUCAUUCAACACCUUCGAUUCUAACUCCAAUUAAGUUUCCAGAUCUUUUUAAUUUCAGUCUGGGAGCAAUUUGCUUUGUUAGUGUUCUUUUGCUAAUAGCUUCAAAUAUUCUAGGAUAGAAAGCAAAAAUAACCAUGGUGACUCGAAAGAUGUUGUACCCCUAGGUUGCUCUUUUUCACUUCUGCAACCUUGAUGUCCCGGAAGCGAAAUGCCGUUGUUGCUACAGGCCUAGUGGUUUUUGCUGCUGCAGGAUUAGCAUUUCCCUUUUUCAUGGCAUCUAGAUCAUCGAAGAUGAAACCUGUUAUUGAUUCAUCAAAGCCUCUACCACCUCAGGCAACCUUCCGUGGACCGUAUAUCAACACCGGAUCGCGCGACAUUGGACCUGAUCAUCAAUCUUACCCGAAGAAAUAAUAUGUUUUGUGGGCCUUUUACUAUUUUGAGUAGAAAGCUGUUAUUUUCAGGUGAUGAAAAGGCUACUUCUUCCAUUGAUGGAGAAAUGUAUUUGCAUUUUUGCAAGAUGUAUACAUUUAUUAAGGGGCCUUCUUCUGUCUCUGUGUCACCAGAAUCUUGGAAGUGGGGAGCAAAUUGACCACAUUAUGGAUUCUGUUGAUAAUUAUUUGUCGCCUUUAGACUUACUUGUACGAUCUUGUAAUAAAAUGGUGAUUGGUGAGUAUUUACUA